AUGGAAAAUAAACAGUAUCCAUCCAAAAAGAAGUCCUUCAUUCGCGAAGAAAAAUUAAUAAAAGAAGUUGAUUACGAUUCGAUUCCAGGCGGCUCAAAUCGUUCUCAAAAAAAACCACUUAUUCUUGAAAUCUUACAAAAGGGGCCAACGUUUCGAAACUCAUCUCAAAAAGUUCUUGUAUCAAUCAAACCUCGGGCUCCAGCAAUCAAAACAUUGUACAUAGCUGAAAAGAGCAGGUUUCAACCGAAAAAGCAUUCUGAAAAAUCACGUUCAAGAUUAGCUAUUGGAGAUCAUUCUUCAUUUACAAGCCACUACAGUGAAGGAAAUCUCGACGUAAUCAAAAUCAAUACAAGUCUUCCAAAACUAAAGGCAAAUAUUGAAGAUCAAUUGGCAGACGCAAGCUCUCCUGCCACUAGCAGUUAUCUUCAGAGUUCAACCGCCGUAUCAAAAUGUGUCACCUCCAGUACAUCCGGAGAUGUUCGUGUCAUCCCCAGACAGCGAAGAUCUUCUGAAAAAUGCUACAUGUACACUCAACCUCACAUGACCAUAAAUAUUCCUAAGCUCGAAACAGUGACUGAAAGUUCCAAAAAUAAUCCACAUAAGACAAAUAUAGGCACAUUGAUUGUUACAAAUACUUCUUCUAACGACACCAUUACGUCAUCUGCAAAAAAUAUCUUAAAUAUUAAUAAGAGAAUAGAUUGGCUUGAACAGAGAAUACUUAGGCAAGAAAUGGUGUUCCGGACGCUCGAUCCCAAUAUCCAGUUAUCUUCAGAUGAGGAAACGGAAAGUGAAAAAGUAAAGUCCUUUCAUAAAACAGCGCCAGGUUGCAGUUACGUAGAAUAUAGUCACAUUCCAGAAACAUCAGCUUUUCAACGUUAUGCCCAACAACCUGUUCCACUAUCUCCCAGCAAAGCUACGACCAUACAGAAAGAACACAAUUCCGAACAGUAUGGACGCGAUUUUACUCUUUACGAUGGUAUCACUGCUCGAGGAAGAAGGCAAUGUGCUUCCGUCCCGUGUAAACGCGAUGAAAUUCCUAAAAUAGCCGCAGAAAGAGUACACAAAAUACGACACAAGCUGAAUCCUGUACGUGACUAUAGACUAAUGGAUACAGUGCACUAUCUGGCUCAAGGUGAGUUUGCACCCCGGGAUGAUGGUAUAAAAUUAACACCGUCUCGAGAAGCUGUCUUGAGUGAUAUUAUUUGGGAAGAUGUCUGUCGCACUCACUGGCCAAACACAAGACUGGGACGGCGAAUAGCGCAUCCGGAAAGAUACGGACCUCGAUCAGAACUACAGAGGCUUAUAGAUAGUCUUCUGCGAGAACGAGUUGCUCACGUGGAACGUAGAAGACGACGCCACUAUCGCAUUGUCAAAUUGAACAAUCGCCACGAAAAUUGUAGAACCGUCGGGAAAACUGGGGAUAUCAUUGUAGCUAGCAACAAGAACAGACUUGAAGGAGAAGAGAAAGACGUUGACAGUGAUCGCCAAGCUGGGAAAUCUGUGACGGAGCGACGCCAUGAUAAUAACAGUCCACGACGUGAACAUAAAAGUCAAGAACACGUCUUAAAUUCUGAAGCCAGAACGCAGCGCCCACACAGUCGUGAUGAAUGCGCUCCAGGUCCAAGUUCUGCUGCAAAUCGUGCUAGUAAUAAACAAUCCACCUGCUGUUAUCGCACCUCAAGUCCUGCAAAUAGAAAUAACAUGAACAAACCUUCGAAUAUAGACACAAGCGGCAGUAGCAUUGUCACUUGUAAACCACGACCAAAGCACCCGAAACUCAUCAUCAAAAAAGAGCUCCGCACGUCCAAAGUUUCAAUCCCGGGAACCGAACCUGGAGCACUACAUACUGUUGCCUACAUUAGUUAUCCGUACGCCCUCAAACAUGAAGCGGCAGAAGAAAUUUAA